ACUUUGUGCAGUGCAAAGAAGUUUUGGCUGCCACCCCCACCCCCAACUUGUACUUUUUUCCCAACGAAUGCCCCCACAGCCCCCCCUCAAAGAUCUGCCAUCCAAGCUCUGGGUGGAUUUCGCACUCCCUGGGAUCUGAGUCCAGCCACAGGUCAGAGGCACCCUGUGAUUUGUAAACUUCUGAUUGAGAUUAACCUGAAGCCUUCAUCUCCUACUGGUAUUAAUAUACAUCUGAACAGAAGGAUUACAAAAACUGGUUAUGCCUCAUAGAAGACCUGCCCCGCCUAACAAGAGGAAAAAGCCCUCUAAGAUCAUUACUGACCUGUCACAUGUCACUCAAGAUGAGUUCGAGCCUGAGGCGUCAGAGUUUGACCUGGGGACGAAGAUCAAAACUCCCAAGGACAACAUGCUGGAGGAGCUGAACCUCUUCACCAACAAGGGCUCCAAGAUGUUCAAGAUGAGGCAGAAGCGUGUGGAGAAGUUCAUAUAUGAGAACAACCCUGACCUCUUUGGCAGUGAGUCUAUGGAGAACUUCCAGAAGUUGGUCCCCAGCCUGGGUGGCACAAUGAUGUUGGACGCUAGUGGCCACAUGGUGGACAAGCAAUCAGGCCCUCCUGUACCCCCUCCCAAACCAGGCAAAGAUGAGCAUGGGCAUGGUAGUCAUGGAGUAGAGGUUGCCUUAGACAAAGCCAAGAAAAGGCAUGAUUAUGUGCCUUCAUAUAUAUCACCGUGGGAAAAGGCCAUGAAGGGCAACCAGGAGCUGACAUCCAGCAUGAGAUAUCAUAUGCCAGGCCCCCAUGCCCACCUUGUAUUGCCCAAGUACAAGUCUUUCAACAGGAGUGCUACACCGUUUGGGGGCUUUGAUAAGGCCUCUCAGCUCAUGACCUUCCAACUGCCAGACACCAAUGAGGUGGCCCAUGAGGAGCCUGAACCAGCUGUGGUAUACCAGCAUGACAUUGGCGCUCGACCCUCCUUCAACCGCACUCCUAUAGGCUGGGUGGGGAGCAGUGAGCCCAGCAGCAUCCACAUGGAGUUGGACGCCCUGCCCUUCGAUGGGGAGACUGACGACCUGUGAAAAGCAUGCCCCACAGACCCAGAUGUGCAGACAAAGACCACGCUCAAAUAUAUAAAUCUACAUAAACAAAAAAAAACAUACACUUUUAGAUAGUCUGUUUGAAACAAAGAAAUCAAUCAUGAACAAAAAACUCAACCACUGCUCAUUCAGGACAGCUACAAGUUGUUCCUUUGCUAUAGCCUUCUACCAUCAUGGCUUUUACUGUAUUUCUGUGCCAUUUUGACUUUUGACAGCUUUGUCAAGGCCCUGCAAAUCCAGCAGCCUAGCCUAAAAUGCAUGCAGUAAGCAUGAGGUGUGCUAAUUUCUGUUGCGUGAUAGAGAUUGUGAUUAACGAAUACAGUACAUUUUACAUUUACAUUUUAGUCAUUUAGCAGACGCUCUUAUCCAGAGGGACUUACAGUUAGUGAGUGCAUACAUUUCUGCAUCACCCACAAUUUCUCCCUAAUAAACUUUUUCCAAUUGUA